CCCGCAAAGUGCAACAUGAACGUCCAAGCACCUCAUCCAGAGCUUAACAGGUUACGUCAAGGCGACGGGUGUGCUAACGCACUAGAUGCCGCUAGGAACGUCGCUAUGGUUGUUGAUCGUGGCGGCGUGAGUGUGCGGAAAGGAGAGGCCCUGAUCGGUGAGUACUACUAAAUGGUAGAUGUCGUGGUCGGCGGCGAGGAGUAAUGGGCUUGGUCUAUAAGAAAGUUGCUUCGAGCGGCGCGGCCAGACGUGGAAACGUUGCUUCGCGCUGCAGGUGUCCGUUGCGCCUGUCACUUUGAACCUGUAUGAGAGGGAGACCGGUGAGAGCAUAGCCUGACCGGAAGUCGUGUCAUAUUGGUGCAUGCGAGCGACACAAGAAGGCAGGAAGAGAGAGCUGGAAGGGGAUGUGACCUCGCCUAUCGCGCAUCACUAUUCACUUGGAGAUGAUAGAGCGUCCAUAGGCAGACCUAUGGCAUGUCAUCCCACGACCUUCUUUGGACGACGUCGAUUUGCGCGACCGGGAGCCGCAAUUGCAGGACGGCGC